AUGUGGAACCACAACAGUAAUCCUGCGCCACCGGGCACGAGCGGUAGCGGCGGAGCAGGAGCGGCGCCUAUUAUGGCUCCGGGGACUAGCGGAGUAGCACCGCCUGGACCACCGCCUUCGAUUACUCCUUCGUACACUGUACUUCCGACAGAGGCGCAACUCGACGAGAGGGCAAGGAAAUGGAUGCAACUUAACUCGAAGCGGUAUAGCGAUAAGAGGAAGUUUGGGUUUGUGGAGACGCAGAAGGAGGAUAUGCCUCCUGAGCAUGUCCGAAAGAUCAUUCGGGAUCAUGGUGACAUGUCAUCAAAGAAAUUUCGCCACGAUAAGCGUGUCUAUCUAGGAGCUCUUAAGUUUGUUCCACAUGCUGUUUACAAGCUCCUUGAAAACAUGCCCAUGCCGUGGGAACAGGUCCGCGAAGUGAAGAUUCUCUACCAUAUUACCGGUGCCAUUACAUUUGUAAAUGAAAUACCAUGGGUUGUUGAACCCAUUUAUCUGGCUCAAUGGGGUUCUAUGUGGAUUAUGAUGAGAAGAGAGAAGAGAGAUCGACGACAUUUUAAAAGAAUGCGCUUUCCUCCUUUUGAUGAUGAAGAACCUCCACUAGAUUAUGCUGAUAAUCUUCUAGAUGUGGAUCCUUUGGAGCCAAUUCAACUGGAGUUGGAUGAGGAAGAAGAUUCAGCUGUUUACACGUGGUUCUAUGACCAUAAGCCUCUUGUGAAAACAAAGCUUAUCAAUGGUCCCAGCUACCGGAAAUGGCAUCUCUCACUUCCGAUUAUGGCAACACUUCAUCGGCUUGCUGGACAGCUGCUCUCUGAUUUGAUUGAUCGCAAUUACUUUUACUUAUUUGACAUGGAGUCAUUUUUUACGGCUAAAGCACUGAACAUGUGCAUACCUGGUGGUCCAAAGUUUGAACCUUUGUAUCGUGACAUGGAGAAGGGAGAUGAGGACUGGAAUGAAUUUAAUGACAUUAAUAAGCUUAUCAUCCGUUCACCUCUCAGGACGGAAUACAGGAUUGCAUUCCCUCAUCUAUAUAAUAAUAGGCCUAGGAAAGUGAAGCUCAGUGUAUAUCACACUCCAAUGGUCAUGUAUAUCAAAACUGAGGAUCCUGAUCUUCCUGCUUUCUAUUAUGACCCUCUAAUUCACCCCAUAACAAGUACCAAUAGGGACCAGAGAGAGAAGAAGAUUUAUGAAGAGGAUGAUGAUGAUUUCCAGUUGCCUGAGGGGGUUGAACCAUUACUAACAAGCACUCCAAUUUACACGGAUACUACUGCUGCAGGAAUUUCACUUUUGUUUGCCCCACGCCCCUUCAACAUGAGAUCUGGUCGGAUGCGGCGUGCUGAAGAUAUACCGCUCGUAUCAGACUGGUUCAAGGAGCACUGUCCUCCUUCAUAUCCUGUCAAAGUCCGUGUCAGUUACCAGAAAUUGCUGAAAUGUUUUGUGUUGAAUGAGCUGCAUCACAGACCACCUAAGGCUCAAAAGAAGAAGCACCUGUUUAGGAAGAAUCUGAACUACCUCCACCUUGAUUAUAAUUUCAACUUGAAGCCUGUGAAGACCCUCACUACCAAGGAACGUAAAAAAUCGCGGUUUGGUAAUGCUUUCCAUCUUUGUCGUGAAAUUCUGCGUUUGACAAAGCUAGUAGUUGAUGCGAAUAUACAGUUCCGGCUGGGAAAUGUUGACGCAUUUCAGUUGGCCGAUGGAUUGCAAUAUAUCUUCUCACAUGUUGGCCAGUUGACGGGUAUGUACCGUUACAAAUACAGGCUCAUGCGGCAGAUUCGAAUGUGUAAAGACUUGAAGCACUUGAUUUAUUACCGAUUUAAUACUGGACCGGUUGGAAAAGGGCCCGGAUGUGGUUUCUGGGCACCUAUGUGGAGGGUGUGGUUGUUUUUUCUUCGUGGCAUAGUACCUCUCCUGGAAAGGUGGUUGGGAAAUUUACUCGCCAGACAGUUUGAGGGACGGCAUUCUAAAGGAGUGGCCAAAACUGUGACAAAGCAGCGUGUUGAAAGCCACUUCGACUUGGAGCUUCGUGCUGCUGUUAUGCAUGAUGUUCUGGACGCUAUGCCAGAGGGUAUUAAGCAAAAUAAGGCAAGAACUAUAUUGCAGCAUCUGAGUGAAGCAUGGCGCUGUUGGAAAGCAAAUAUUCCUUGGAAGGUUCCUGGUUUGCCUGUUCCUAUUGAGAACAUGAUUCUGCGAUAUGUCAAGUCAAAAGCUGAUUGGUGGACAAAUGUUGCUCAUUAUAAUCGUGAGCGUAUCAGGAGAGGAGCAACAGUGGACAAGACGGUUUGUCGAAAGAAUCUUGGACGAUUGACCCGCCUUUGGUUGAAGGCUGAGCAGGAACGCCAACACAACUACUUAAAAGAUGGUCCAUAUGUCACUCCGGAAGAAGCUGUGGCUAUAUAUACAACCACUGUGCAUUGGUUGGAAUCAAGAAAAUUCUCUCCAAUUCCAUUUCCUCCUUUGUCUUACAAGCAUGACACGAAGCUUCUCAUCCUUGCUCUUGAGAGGUUAAAGGAAUCUUAUAGUGUGGCUGUUAGGUUAAACCAACUACAAAGAGAAGAAUUGGGUCUUAUUGAGCAGGCUUAUGAUAAUCCGCAUGAAGCUUUGUCUCGUAUUAAACGUCAUUUGCUUACGCAGCGUGCCUUCAAGGAAGUUGGCAUUGAGUUCAUGGACUUGUACAGUUAUCUAAUUCCAGUUUAUGAGAUUGAACCUCUUGAGAAGAUCACCGAUGCAUAUCUUGACCAGUAUCUAUGGUAUGAGGGUGACAAACGCCACCUCUUCCCAAAUUGGAUUAAGCCUGCAGAUUCAGAGCCACCACCACUGUUGGUCUAUAAAUGGUGUCAGGGCAUAAACAAUUUACAAGACAUUUGGGACACUAGUGAAGGACAGUGUGUUGUGAUGCUUCAGACUAAGUUUGAGAAAUUUUUUGAAAAGAUUGAUCUGACCAUGCUUAACAGGCUUCUGCGUUUGGUUCUUGACCAUAAUAUUGCUGAUUAUGUCACUGCGAAGAACAACGUUGUAUUGUCAUACAAGGACAUGAGCCACACGAACUCAUAUGGGCUCAUACGUGGUCUUCAGUUCGCUUCUUUUGUAGUGCAGUACUAUGGACUCGUUCUUGAUCUUUUACUACUUGGUUUGACUCGAGGCAGUGAAAUUGCUGGUCCACCCCAGAUGCCAAACGAGUUCAUUACUUAUCAUGAUACUAGAGUAGAAACAAGACAUCCAAUUCGUUUAUACUCCAGAUACAUUGACAAGGUGCAUAUAUUAUUCCGUUUUACCCAUGAAGAGGCUCGGGACCUUAUCCAGCGGUAUCUCACUGAGCAUCCGGAUCCUAACAAUGAAAAUAUGGUUGGUUAUAACAACAAAAAAUGCUGGCCAAGAGAUGCCAGGAUGAGACUUAUGAAGCAUGAUGUCAAUCUUGGUAGAAGUGUUUUCUGGGAUAUGAAGAAUCGUCUUCCUAGAAGCAUUACAACUCUUGAAUGGGAGAACAGCUUUGUAUCUGUCUACAGCAAGGACAACCCGAACUUACUUUUCAGCAUGUGUGGAUUUGAAGUUCGUAUACUGCCCAAGAUUAGAAUGACUCAGGAGGCUUUCAGCAAUACAAGAGAUGGUGUUUGGAAUCUGCAGAAUGAGCAGACAAAAGAACGUACAGCAGUUGCUUUCUUACGGGUAGAUGAUGAGCAUAUGAAGGUGUUUGAGAAUCGUGUAAGACAGAUCCUCAUGUCCUCAGGUUCGACUACAUUCACGAAGAUUGUUAACAAAUGGAAUACAGCACUUAUAGGCCUCAUGACAUAUUUCCGUGAAGCAACUGUUCAUACACAAGAACUGUUGGAUCUGCUGGUGAAAUGUGAAAAUAAAAUACAGACCCGUAUUAAGAUUGGAUUGAACUCAAAGAUGCCUAGCAGGUUCCCUCCUGUUAUCUUUUACACCCCGAAGGAAAUUGGAGGACUUGGAAUGUUGUCAAUGGGUCAUAUUUUGAUUCCCCAGAGUGACCUCCGGUAUAGCAAACAAACAGACGUUGGCAUAACACAUUUUAGGAGUGGAAUGAGUCACGAAGAGGACCAGUUGAUUCCAAAUCUGUAUCGUUACAUACAGCCAUGGGAGAGUGAGUUCAUUGAUUCACAACGGGUUUGGGCUGAAUAUGCAUUGAAGCGGCAAGAAGCCCAGGCACAAAAUAGGCGUUUGACUCUGGAAGAUUUGGAAGAUUCUUGGGAUCGUGGGAUACCUCGAAUCAAUACCUUGUUUCAGAAGGACCGCCACACACUUGCAUAUGACAAAGGAUGGAGAGUACGAACAGAUUUUAAGCAGUAUCAAGUUCUGAAACAAAAUCCAUUCUGGUGGACGCACCAGAGGCAUGACGGGAAGUUGUGGAACUUGAAUAACUAUCGAACUGAUGUUAUUCAAGCACUUGGGGGAGUUGAAGGAAUUCUUGAGCAUACACUGUUCAAAGGAACAUACUUCCCUACUUGGGAAGGUCUUUUCUGGGAGAAGGCUUCAGGUUUCGAGGAGUCUAUGAAGUAUAAGAAAUUGACAAAUGCUCAAAGAUCUGGGCUCAAUCAAAUUCCUAAUCGAAGAUUUACCCUUUGGUGGUCACCAACUAUAAAUCGAGCAAAUGUAUAUGUUGGUUUCCAGGUGCAGCUGGAUCUGACCGGGAUAUUUAUGCAUGGAAAGAUACCUACCCUAAAGAUAUCUCUGAUUCAGAUAUUCCGUGCUCACUUGUGGCAGAAGAUUCAUGAAAGUGUGGUCAUGGAUCUAUGCCAGGUUUUGGAUCAAGAGCUGGAUGCAUUGGAAAUUGAAACUGUUCAGAAAGAAACAAUCCAUCCAAGGAAGAGUUACAAAAUGAACAGCUCGUGUGCUGAUAUUCUUCUGUUUGCUGCCCAUAGAUGGCCCAUGUCAAAGCCCAGUCUUGUGGCCGAGUCAAAGGAUGUAUUUGACCAAAAGGCAAGCAAUAAAUACUGGAUAGAUGUGCAGCUUCGCUGGGGUGAUUAUGACUCCCAUGAUAUUGAGCGAUACACUCGGGCAAAGUUUAUGGAUUACACAACAGAUAACAUGUCUAUCUAUCCAUCACCAACUGGGGUCAUGAUCGGACUUGAUCUUGCUUAUAACCUGCAUUCUGCAUUCGGAAACUGGUUCCCUGGGUCAAAACCGCUGCUUGCCCAGGCUAUGAAUAAGAUCAUGAAGUCGAAUCCAGCACUAUAUGUUCUGAGAGAACGUAUAAGGAAAGGGCUACAGUUGUAUUCUUCAGAACCUACAGAGCCUUAUUUAUCAUCACAGAACUAUGGGGAGAUAUUCAGCAAUCAGAUUAUCUGGUUUGUUGAUGACACUAAUGUGUACCGUGUCACAAUACACAAGACAUUUGAGGGAAAUCUCACAACAAAACCCAUUAAUGGUGCCAUUUUUAUAUUUAACCCUAGGACGGGCCAGCUUUUUCUGAAGGUCAUUCACACAAGUGUCUGGGCUGGGCAAAAGCGACUCGGCCAGCUGGCGAAGUGGAAAACGGCAGAAGAAGUGGCUGCACUGGUGCGAUCAUUGCCCGUUGAAGAACAGCCAAAGCAAAUCAUAGUUACUCGUAAAGGAAUGUUGGAUCCCCUAGAGGUCCACUUGCUUGAUUUUCCAAAUAUUGUGAUCAAGGGAAGUGAACUACAGUUGCCUUUCCAGGCUUGCUUGAAGAUUGAGAAAUUUGGUGAUCUGAUACUGAAGGCCACAGAACCACAGAUGGUCUUGUUCAAUAUAUAUGAUGAUUGGUUGAAGAGUAUCUCGUCCUACACAGCAUUCUCUAGACUUAUCUUGAUCUUGCGUGCUCUUCAUGUGAACAAUGAGAAGGCUAAGAUGUUGCUGAAGCCUGACAAGACAAUUGUCACUGAGCCUCAUCACAUCUGGCCAUCUCUAUCAGAUGAACAGUGGAUGAAGGUUGAGGUUGCCCUUAGAGAUCUGAUACUUUCUGACUAUGCCAAGAAGAACAAUGUCAACACAUCCGCUCUGACACAGUCAGAAAUUCGUGAUAUAAUUCUUGGGGCUGAGAUUACUCCGCCUUCGCAGCAGCGACAACAAAUAGCCGAGAUUGAGAAACAGGCAAAGGAGGCUAGUCAGCUUACAGCAGUCACUACAAGGACCACAAAUGUGCAUGGUGAUGAGUUGAUUGUUACUACCACAAGUCCAUAUGAGCAAGCAGCAUAUGGGUCUAAAACUGAUUGGCGCGUUAGAGCGAUAUCUGCCACAAAUCUUCAUCUUCGGGUGAAUCAUAUAUAUGUGACCUCAGAAGACAUUAAGGAAACAGGAUAUACAUACAUCAUGCCUAAAAAUAUUUUGAAGAAGUUCAUAUGCAUUGCUGAUUUGCGCACUCAAAUUGCCGGAUACAUUUAUGGCAUAAGCCCUCCAGACAAUCCUCAAGUGAAGGAGAUUCGCUGUAUUGCCAUGCCACCACAGUGGGGAACUCAUCAACAAGUUCAUCUUCCAUCAGCUCUACCUGAACACGACUUUUUGAAUGACUUGGAGCCUUUAGGAUGGAUGCAUACACAGCCAAACGAACUUCCCCAGCUGUCUCCGCAGGAUCUAGCCGCUCAUGCUCAGGUCUUGGCAAACAACAAACAAUGGGAUGGAGAGAAAUGUAUUGUUUUGACCUGCAGUUUUACCCCGGGUUCAUGCUCUUUAACUGCAUAUAAGCUGACCCCAUCAGGAUAUGAAUGGGGGAAAAACAACACAGAUGCUGGAAGCAAUCCCCAUGGUUACCUGCCAACCUACUACGAGAAAGUUCAGAUGCUUUUGAGUGACCGUUUCCUUGGUUUCUACAUGAUACCUGAUAAUGGUCCCUGGAACUUCAAUUUCAUGGGAGUUAAACACACUGCCGGCAUGAAGUAUGGAGUGAAACUUGGGGCGCCUCGGGAAUACUAUCAUGAAGACCAUAGGCCAACACAUUUCCUAGAGUUCAGCAAUUUGGAGGAAGCUGAAACUGCUGAAGGGGACCGAGAAGAUACCUUUACUUGA